CGGCUCCAGAGAGCUCACUCGCUAAAGAGAGCGACACGCAGGAAACUGGACCAGACAUAGCGUUGUAUGGGCUGAGAUGUUCUCAUCACCAAAAAUCAGGGACAGAAACUCGGCCUGGAUGGACCACAGCUUUGCUCCUGCUCCUCCAGAGAUGCAGCCGCACGGGGGCCCAGGCCCUGGAACCUCCUUCUCCCACAGUCACAUGCUGGGGUGCUCUACCCGCCCCUCAAGGCUCCCUGGGGGAGUGUCCCCCCUCAUCCCUGUCCUCAGGAAGACGGUGCAUCUGGAUGCCUUCCCCCAAAGCCAUAUCCCACAGACUUCCAGCCGACCAGGCCUUGGAGCCAGGGCCCAGAGUGUACCCCCGCAGGAGAUUGGCAUUGUCCCAGGGGCUUCCCUGAGCCCCCUGCCUGCCAACAGCCUUGUGCCCAGGAAGCUCAGCUCCAUCUCCUUAACACUCCGUCAGAACAGCCAGACUCGGCCCCUGGAGCCCCUGCUUUCUCACUGGGAAGAGUUGCCCACCCCAGGAAGGAAGGCUGCUUCCCACGAAGGAAGGAGGCUGUGUGCUUCAGGAUCACUACCUGUGACCCUAAUGACAGGGGUCAGAGUCCACUCCGAGGGCCCAGGGAACCCACGUCUGGCCACACCCAGCAGGAUGCCCACAGUGGAGAAGCCCCUCGUGAGUUCACACUUGGCUUUACCUUUCCAAUCCCGGUUAGCCCAGAGUGAGCCAGUCCUUGCAGGGCCAGACCCGGCAGGUCAGGGGCGCCCUGUCCCAGUGACUGCCCACAUGCCUACCAGAGCUCCUUCAGCAAGAGGCAAGACCCGGUCCAGGGGUAUCCCCAGACCCCGGGUGCGUCCCCAAAGGGCCAAUGCCAUUAUGAACUUGACUGCUGUGGACACAAGGACAGAUACAGCCAGAUAUUUAACCACAGUGGCCACCAACAGACCUAGCUUGGCUACCAAUUUGGCCACACCAAACACACCCAGAUUGGACACAGGCACAGAGUUCCCUGCUCUGAAAACCAAGCUGGGCAUGGCCACGGACUCAUCUACAGCAGGCACAGCCAAAUCAGGCAAAGCCAUGAACUUGUCUACAGCUGGCACAACCAAGAAUUUGACUACAGUAGGGACAACCAAGUCAGGCAUGAUCAUGGAUUUGACAACCUCAGACCCAGACAAGCUGGGCAAAACCAUGGCUACAGCGGGUACAACCAAAUUAGGCAAAGCCAUGAACUUGACUACAGCAGGUACAACCAAGCCAGAUAUGACUUCAGGGGGCACAGCCAUGGAUCUGGCAAUACCAGAGCCAGUCAAGUUGGGCACAACCAUAGCUACGGUGGGCACAAGCAGGUUGGAAACAGCCAUGGCUUUGGCGGGAGCAAAUAGAGCCAAGCUGGGCACAGCUAUGGAUUCUCUUGGUUUGGAUAUAAGCAGGCUGGGCACAGCUAUGAGUUCAGUUGUGUCAGCCACCCCAGACCCAGCCACUGGGGAGACUCCACUGGACAGGGUUAAGGACCUGACCACAUUGGAUAUUGCUACCCACCUGGUGACGUCAAGCAGAAGCACAGUCCCAGCCCCGGACCACCCUGUAGCAGAUGCUGCCCCAGACCAAGCCACGGAGCCUGCCACACUGGACCUGGCCAGAGAAUCCAAAGGGUUCCCAGAGACCAGGACGGACGCAGCCAUGUCAGAGCUGGUGCCUGAGCCCAGGCCUAAGCCGGCAGUGCCCAUGAAGCCCGUCAGCAUCAACUCCAACUUGCUGGGCUACAUCGGCAUCGACACCAUCAUUGAGCAGAUGCGCAAGAAGACCAUGAAGACCGGCUUCGACUUCAACAUCAUGGUCGUGGGCCAAAGUGGACUGGGCAAGUCAACACUGGUCAACACGCUCUUCAAAUCCCAAGUGAGCCGCAAGGCCUCCAGCUGGAACCGGGAGGAGAAGAUCCCCAAGACGGUGGAGAUCAAAGCUAUUGGGCAUGUGAUAGAGGAAGGCGGUGUCAAAAUGAAGCUGACGGUCAUCGACACCCCCGGCUUUGGAGACCAGAUCAACAAUGAAAACUGCUGGGAGCCCAUUGAGAAGUACAUCAAUGAGCAGUACGAGAAGUUCCUAAAGGAGGAGGUGAACAUCGCCAGGAAGAAGCGCAUCCCUGACACUCGCGUCCACUGCUGCCUCUACUUCAUCUCCCCCACGGGACAUUCCUUGCGACCUCUCGAUCUCGAGUUCAUGAAACACCUCAGCAAAGUUGUGAACAUCAUCCCUGUCAUUGCUAAGGCUGACACCAUGACCCUGGAGGAGAAGUCUGAAUUCAAGCAAAGGGUUCGCAAGGAGCUUGAAGUAAAUGGCAUUGAAUUCUACCCCCAGAAGGAAUUUGAUGAAGAUUUGGAGGACAAGACAGAGAAUGACAAAAUCAGGCAGGAGAGCAUGCCUUUCGCUGUGGUGGGAAGUGACAAGGAGUACCAAGUGAAUGGCAAGAGGGUCCUCGGCAGAAAAACUCCCUGGGGGAUCAUUGAAGUGGAAAACCUCAACCACUGUGAGUUUGCCUUGCUUCGAGACUUUGUCAUCAGGACCCACCUCCAGGACCUCAAGGAAGUGACACACAACAUCCACUAUGAGACUUACAGGGCCAAGCGGCUCAAUGACAAUGGAGGCCUCCCUCCGACCACCCUCAAAUAAGAUCACAACUAAAAGCACGGGACAGCACAAACUGAGAUUACCAGAGAAAUCAGAGCCAUAGAGAGGAAUUGGAAAGAAAGUUUCUGCAAUCAAGCGCUGAAACGGGCCCUGAACUUGUGGGAAGCCAAGGCAAACAGGGAGCCCAGCGGGUAUGUGGGUCCCAGGGCCGGGUUAAAGCAAGCACCUGUGCUGGUCAAGUGAGAACCUUUUGCAGUGGCAUUAAGUUCUAGAAGAACUAAUACUAAAGAAGUAUCCGAAAAAAUACAAUAUUUGCCUUUCUUGGUGGUUUGGCUUCAGAGACAAAUUUUAGACCACAUCCUCCCUUCCCUGCAAUGGACUUCUCUCUGUUCCAAACUUGCUUCUCUGUUGCUCCCUUUGUCUCAUACAUACUUGACUUCUAUUUUACUUCUUUUCAAUUCUCCCUCACUUUUGUGAAGCUAAUUACAUUUAUGUCUGUCUUUCUCUGCUUUUCCCUGAUCCCCCCCCAGCCUACUGUAGACAUUCCCAGUGAUACCUGCCACCAUACAUUUCACCUCUUCUUGCCUUUCCCUGAAGCCCUGUAUUUAUUAAUGCAUAUAUCUCCUGUGUUGGUUGUAUAAAUAAGUUACUCUUUUCCUCUAAUCUGUAAGAUUGCUGAAAUUCAGGGCUAGGGAAACAAUUUAGCCUUAGGAAAGGGAAAACACCAAGUGAUACUGUUUACAAUAACCUCAUACAACCUCCUGUCCCAUCUCCUGGUCCAGCCUAGGUGUUUAACUGGUCCUCUAUGAAUCCCAGCAUUUAUAAUCACAGUCCUUUAUCACUCAGGUGCUAGGAAAAAAUAUAGACUUAAGAUCUAAGAUUCAGUGGACCAGGAGACAGAGGUGGGGUGAUCAGAUCACCAGGGAUCCAAAAGCUACAGUCUCAGUCAUUCCCGGAGGCUUAUUUACCAAUCCAGCCCUCAUUCUCUCUUGCUCAGAAAGUUACAGGGUAGGCCCUUGUCAAGAUAGAACAGCUGGAGUGCUAUAGCUCAGAGGUUGCUACAUUUCAACAGAAAGGGGAUCCCUGGCUGCUCCAGUGAGCAGUCCUGUGUGGAGACAUGGGACUGGACACCUGGGACCAGCAGGGGAAGAUCUAGGGGCGCGGGUGGUGGGCAUUGAAAGGCUGAUAGGAGAAUGGUGCCAGGCACCCCUGAGCCUUGAUUUCAGCUUCCCUCGGAGAAGCUGUUUUGUAUGUCUGCUGCCAGCUGCUGGUCUCCACACCUCAACCGUUCUCAACUCCCCUGCAGGGAGAAGGCCUCCUGGGCUCUGUCCUUCCUCCUGUGCCAGCCACCCCCUGCCCCACAGCUGAAUGAAGGCCAUUUCAAGCGCUGCUUCUCCCUCCAUCCCUCUCAGCUGUACUGCUGCAGGGCCAAGCACUUUUUAGCGCUGUGCUUGUCCAGCCCACCACCACAGCCCCUCUCAGCCCUCAGCAGAUGGGAGGGGUCUGCUGCCUCUUUGGGACAGUUGCGUUCUCCAUUUAUCCAGCCCACUGCUCUCCUCCCAGUGGAAUGGAGUUCUGCCAGCGCUGCCCCCUUCCAUCAUCUGUGUCAGCUGGCCCCAGCCCAUCUGUAGGGUGAAAGAACUCAUCAAGAGCUGCUUCUGCCCUUGCAAACCCAUACCAGCUACUUGUAACCAUCCUGAAGGGCAAUGGCAUUGCUUCCUGUCCAUUCAUUUGCAUGAGCUACUCUUGGCUUCCUGAGAGGGUCAAGAAAGCAACUUUUCUGCUUGUCAGAUUGAUUGAGAUCAGCUGUGUGAGCCCCAGUGUGGGACAAGAGUGUCUCCUUCAUUGCUUAAAAGUAUUCAUAAGGGUGGGUCACUACAGAUGUUGGGGAGCAAGGGCUAGGAUCACUUUUGUAAAAAUCACCACUUGUGGGUGGCCCAGAGUGUGGUUACAUACCCUCCCCAUCCCAUAACGGAGCCACUGAGGAGGAGUGGUGUUCCCUGACAGACAUUGCUAGAGUUGACUUCCUUAUCCCCAAACUUAAAAAGAUAACAACACACACACAAAAUCCCAGAAAUCCAUAAGAUGUACAAUCUAGGAAGAAAAAUAGCACCCUUCUGUCCACUUAGCAAUAAGAGGGAUCUCUUACCCGAUACCCUACCUACUCCUAUCCCCACCCCCAUCCCAUUAAUGUGACUAAUGAAUUCACCUGGCCACAGGUGGUUGCUAUAGGCUAAUGGAAAAUACCCAAUGAAGGGCGAAGCCCCCAUCAGAUGCAUGAAUGUUUUGCGAAUGUCGGCUGCCACUGCCCCACACACUGUGUCUUUAUAGAAUCCCCCUUGCCCGCCCCACCACCACCUCCACCUGGACACAACUUGCUCAAAGGCUGGUGACUUGUGGGCUAUUCAUCUAUAACCAAGUCCUGAUGGAGCAAGAGGCCCAAGCCUAGGGGAUGCAAGAACGACCCAUUUCUUAAAUGUUACCGGUCCCAGCCAAUCUUAUGGUGACAUUAUGGUUAAAUUUCCCAACUGAAAACAAGCCAACAGACACUCAAAGUGGCCCUGUAAAUGUUGCUAGACUUUAUGUGUUGUACAACUAAACAUUGCUGUUUGAACAGUAA